AUGCUCGGUCGAGGUGGCUUCAGACUUACAAAGUGGAUGUCGAACUGCCAAGAAGUUGUUGAUUCAAUCCCACCGGAAGAGCGAGCAAAACCGUCCCUAACUGUCAAUCUAGAAGAUGACAACGAGUUCGAAAGAACACUCGGUCUUCCGUGGAACAUCCGAGAUGAUGCUUUCUUUUUUGACGUACAUCUGAAAGAAAAGGUGCCUACACAAAGAGGAGUUUUAUCUGUAGCGAGCUCCUUAUACGAUCCGUUAGGAUUUGUAGCUCCAGUGACAUUGAUUCCGAAGUUGAUACUACAGAACGCAUGUCGUCAAGGCUUAACGUGGGAUCAAAAACUUAAUGAAUCCGACAUAGAAAAGUGGUGUGAUUGGCUUACAAAUUUGCCAAAGUUGUCAUCUGUAAAAAUUGAAAGGUGUCUAAAGGCGGGUGACCUUGAUAUCUCCGCAUGCAAUGUAGAGCUGCAUAUGUUCAGUGAUGCUUCACAAUACGCCUACGGAGCAGCAGCAUACAUUAAGAUAUAUGACAGACAAGGAAACGGCAAAUGUUCCUUUGUGAUGGGGAAAUCUAGGUUAGCGCCCAUCAAGACCGUAACCAUACCGAGACUUGAAUUAGCAGCUGCAGUAGUAUCGGUAAAAUUGUUUCAGAUGCAGAUUAAAGAACUGGACACAAAUGUCGACAACUGCUAUUUUUGGACCGACUCAAUGAUUGUUCUAGGGUAUGUUCGAAAUACUUCACGGCGUUUUAAGACGUAUGUUGCUAACAGGUCAGCUCUUAUUCAUGAACUGACUUCCCCAAAUGAUUGGAGGUACGUGCCCACAAACAUGAAUCCAGCUGACUUAGCUUCCAGGGGUGUACACCCGGAGGAAGGAGGGAAACUUUUUAUAUGGUUGAACGGACCAAAAUUUCUGAACAUGGAGAAAGAUGAUUGGCCACAUGAACCUGAUGGAAUCACGACGGAGUACGAAGAUGUUGAAAUGAAACCAGCUGUAGUGACUAGUAUGGUCCAGUCUCAAUUCUGA